UCCCAGGAGGUCAACCUUUUCUCUUAACCUUCCAUUUGGUGUUAUAGACAUGUAAGAGACAGUUUAUUCAAUUCUAAUUUGCUUGUUUGCUUGUUUUAUCUGGCGAAGGACAUUGCUUUUUGGACUGGGGGAUGACACAGACUGGUGAUGGAUUCUGCCAGGAGGCCCUGUUUCAUAACCGUGUGUUUGUGGGUACUGGCAACCACCUGUCUUCCAUAUUCCGGCUCCCAGAGCCCCAGCCUGUGGGGUAAGAAGGCGGUGUUCUUGGGCCGUCCAUGUGUGUGGCAGCUGGGUAAGGAGUGUGUAAUGCCCCUCCUGGAAGAGCUCAGUGUGUGUGUGCACCUGUGCCGGAAGAUCGCGACACCUGAGUGGACCGGCUUUGUGUACAAGGCACCUGGCAACAGGCAGGUAGAGCUGGGGCUUGCAGGCCGGGGAGGGCUCCUGGUGGCAUGGCUGUUUGGGCAGGAGUGGUCGGUACCAGAGGACCUGCCCCUGGAACACUGGCAAAACGUCUGCCUCACCUGGUCCAGCAACUCCGAGAGGCUCAGACUCUACAUCAAUGGGAGCAGUCGCCUGGACGCCCACGUUAACGCCAGCCUGUCCCGGCAACUGGCCCACAAUGGCACCCUGACCCUGGGGGUGUCCCAUAACAUAGUAGAUGGGGUGAUGGAGUUUGAGGAUGGGAAGAACUUCCUGGGGGACAUAAGCCUGUUCAGGAUGUGGGGGCAGGAGCAGACGGCUGAGGAGGUGAUGGGCCAUAGCUGUGCCGAUGGGAACGUGGUGAGCUGGGACACCCGUGACUGGGACUACCAGAGCUGCCUACCUGAAGAUGACACUAGCCUCCAGUGUGCAUGGUCAAUGUUCAAAAUUAAAAUGAAGGCCGUCAUAGCACAACGGCACCCUCUUGACAAGCCUGUCAAUUCCCCAGAGGACAUCAUACGCAAAUGGCUGGGGACCAUAUUUCCUGGGAACAUUUCUGUGCGUGACAUCUUUGUGUCAUCUCCAAGCCAGAUCUGUCAAGUGGGCUAUAAUCCUAGUGUGCGAAACACAGAGAAAGCUCAGGAAGCAAGAAAAAUGGAGUUCAACUCAACUUCUGACAAGUGUGUCAGCUGUUUGGUCUAUGUGAGUGUUAGUCCUGAGACUGAUGUUGGAGCGGCCCAGAAGGAUAUCUUUGGAAAGCUGAGUCUAGCCUUCACCUCUGGCCAAGUCACCCUUAUUGCAGACCCCAGCAGCCUCAGUGUACGCCCCAUAGGGGCUUUCCCCAAUGCAACAGCUUCUCCUCCCACUGACACCAACACCACUGCUGGCUCACCAACCAGCACCACUGCUGGCUCACCAACCAGAACCACUGCUGGCUCACCAACCAGCACCACUGCUGGCUCACCAACCAGCACCACUGCUGGCUCACCAACCAGGACCACUGCUGGCUUACCAACCAGCACCACUGCUGGCUCACCAACCAGAACCACUGCUGGCUUACCAACCAGCACCACUGCUGGCUCACCAACCAGAACUACUACUGGCUCACCAACCAGCACCACUGCUGGCUCACCAAACAGCACCACUGCUGGCUCACCAACCAGCACCACUGUUGGCUCACCAACCAGCACCACUGCUGGCUCACCAACCAGAACCACUGUUGGCUUACCAACCAGAACCACUGCUGGCGCACCAACCAGAACUACUACUGGCUCACCAACCAGCACCACUGCUGGCUCACCAACCAGAACCACUGCUGGCUUACCAACCAGAACCACUGCUGGCCCACCAACCAGAACUACUACUGGCUCACCAACCAGAACUACUACCUGCUCACCAACCAGCACUACUGCAUCAGACCCUGGCUCUCCUUCAGAGACACACCAACCAUCCAUUGGAGUGCCUGCAAAUCCCACUGGCCUGUCUACAACCAGAGAAUCUUUAGACUUCAACUCAACAAAACCUGGCAUUGCAUCCACCUUCUACAGAGUUAAUAUGAAACUGAAUAUGACAACGACUGUAACUGGCAACGACCCAGGGGAGAUCAUUCAGAAGUGGGUUCAGAGAAACCUUGGGAAAGUCAAGAUGAACGUAUUAAACAUCAAUAUUUUAAACUCGACUUAUAAAGUCAAUGAUCAUAAAAAGAUUCAAGAACUGGAGAUGACUGCUGAGCUGAGACAUGAGAAAAGGUUUAGAUGUACCUUCCAGGUUGAGGAUGCUGAUGCACGUAACGUCACGACCACUCAAACACUCAUCACUGACCUUCUGUCUGGGAACCAUGUUGAUGAAGAGAUCCAGGUUGACCGCAGAGAUGUCCACGUUUCACAUAUAGAUCCUGGGAGCUGUCCUAAGGACACCCAUGAGAGUUUCUGGGGUGUGUAUAAAUGGCCAAUCACAGAGGUCCAGGUGACAAUAACUAUGAUCUGUGAGAAGAACCUUGGAUCAAGGGCUUCCAGGAAAUGUGAGUUAGAUGGAGUGACUGAGAAAGCCCAAUGGGCUAAGCCAAACCUGAAGGCAUGCAAGCCGGUAAUCACCAUCUCUGAUCUGGAUAAAGUCACCGUCACAGCAAACAACUCAGCAGAUGUGAUGGACAUGAUUAAGAACCUCCUGGGUGACGAGGGGGACCUGAGUGACUCCCAGCUGGCCACCGUGGUCCAGAAGCUGGAUGAGGUUCUGUGGGUCAGCACGGUGACCCCUCAGCUCGGCAGAGAUAUUGUCAACAUCGUCGCUGACAUCCUGGUGUCCAAUUCUGACCUGUCAGCGGUCGCCAACGAAAUUCUGAGUAUUACAGACAGCAUUGGGGACCAGAUGGAUUUCCCUGAGGAGUCACUAAAUGUGACCGUCCCUUCCCUGGCCCUCUCCAUGAUCAACGUAGAUCCAGAGCAGUUCCAGGGCCUCACGUUUGGUGUCUCCUCGUUUUCGACUGGUCUUGUUCCAGAGACCUAUGUCAACCAGACGUUCUUGAGUCGGCCUUGUGAUGGCACAGUCGCAUCCAUCUCCCUUCCGCAGUCCCUUCACAACUUCUUCCCCCAGGGAAACAAAAAAAAGAGAGUUCAGUUCCACUUCUAUGGCAUACAAGAGCUUUUCAAGGACCCAGCAACCAACUGGACGCUGAAUAGUUAUGUGGUGUCUGCCAGUGUCAACAACAGCAAUGUCAGCAACCUCAGGGAACCCGUGGUGGUGACACUUCGUCACCUCAAGCCUAAAGAGAAAAACGAAAAGGUGGAGUGUGUGUACUGGGACUUCCAGAAGAACAAUGGGAGCGGUGGGUGGGACAGCAACGGCUGUGAGACACUUCCAAGUAUCUCCGCUUAUCAGACCACCUGCCAAUGCUACCACCUGACCCAUUUCGGCGUACUCCUGGAUGUGUCCAGGACUCCUAUCGGUGAGGCUUACCAGGAGAUCCUGACGGUCAUCUCUUACCUGGGCUGUGGUGUGUCCUCCAUCUUCCUGGGCAUCAGCCUGCUCACCUACGUGGUCUUUGAGAAGCUGCGUAGUGACUACCCAUCUAAGAUCCUCAUCAACCUUUCUGUGGCUCUGCUGGGCCUGAACCUAGUCUUCCUGUUGGACUCCUGGCUGUCCUCCUUCGGCAGCUACGGUCUCUGCAUCAGCACAGCAGCCACGCUGCACUACUUCCUGUUAGCCUCAUUCACCUGGAUGGGCCUGGAGGCCAUCCACAUGUACUUCGCUCUGGUCAAGGUCUUCAACGUCUAUGUCUCCCUCUACAUCCACAAGUUCUGCGCCCUCGGCUGGGGCAUUCCUCUGGUGAUUGUCAGCAUGGUCCUAGCCAUAGAGAAGGAUGCCUAUGGCAAUGUUCUAUCUGAGGUCUCCCUUGACUCUCUACAGGGCUCUGAGCCAUUCUGUUGGAUGCAGAGUAAUGUUUUCUUCUACGUCACGGUCGUGUCGUUCGUGCUGCUGGUCCUGGUUUUUAACGUGGUCGUGUUCAUUGUGGUUCUGGUUCAAAUCCGCCACAUGCAGACCAAUAAGCCUGCAGCAACAGGAAACAAGCGCUGUGCCAUGCAUGAUUUGAGAGCAGUGGCCAGUCUCACCUUCCUAUUGGGUCUCACCUGGCCAAUAGCCUUCUUUACCUGGGGACCAGCCAGGGUCCCUAUGCUCUACCUCUUCUCAGUCCUCAACAGUCUGCAAGGAUUCUUUAUCUUUGUCUUCCACUGCCUGAUGAAAGAGAAUGUGAGGAAGCAGUGGAGGAUUCAUCUGUGCUGUGGCCGAUUCAGGCUCAAUGACUACUCAGAUUGGAGCCACUCCAUGACGAUGGGCAGCAAGACCAAGCAGAACCAGCUGGUGCACCGCUCUCCAUCUGUCAAGUCUGUCAACACCUCCUCUAGGAAGAUCUCUGAUGACUCCACUACAGCUAGCUGUAGCUCUGGCACACCCUACCAACAGGGGGCCUAGUCUACUGUAGCUCCACCACGGGGCCUAGUCUAGCUCCACCAGGGAGCCUAGCUCCACCAGGGGGCCUAGCCUAGCUCCACCAGGGGGCCUAGCCUUGCUCCACCAGGGGGCCUAGCCUAGCUCCACCAGGGGGUCUAGCAUGGCUCACAGGACAGGGACACUGAACUUUAUGUAACAGUACAACUUUAGACCGUCCCCUCGCCCGUACCCGGGCGCGAACUAGGGACCUUCUGCACACAUCAACAGUCACCCUCGAAGCAUCGUUACCCAUCGCCCCACAACAGCCGCGGCCCUUGCAGAGCACAUCUGUUACAUUUACACAACAUAUGCUAUAACAUCCUUCACCUGAAACAAUGGGAAAAGCUUGAGCUCAGGACAUCAUAGAAGACACCUGAGUUCAGUCCAUUCUGAAUUGCACUGUCGUAUGUCUCUCUGCAGUGCAGUCUCAACUUCCUCAGGAGAUAAACAUAAUCUAGGUUUAGCCUGUUCUGUGCAUUAAAGGACACAAACUCUAUGAAUGAUGUGUAUUGUAAGUGGACUAUUGUUGUAGUAAAUGAUCAAUAUGUUGGUACCUUGUGCAUUCUAUUUGGUAAAUUGCAUUUCUCUUCUCCAUAAUGUGUUUCUGUUUAUCUUUUCACGAUGUUAAAUUAAAAACUUUUGCAAAUA